AUGGGUUGCGCCGCAAGUACGGCCCUUUCCGCAGAUGAGCAGGACCCGUUCUUGCAAAGCAAACGGGCCAACGACAUGGUAGAGCGCUCCUUGCAAAUGCAGAAGCACAAGGAGAAAAAAGAGAUCAAACUUUUGCUGCUGGGAGCUGGAGAAUCGGGAAAGUCAACGGUUUUGAAGCAAUUGCGCUUGCUACACCAAGGCGGGUUUGGAAAUCAGGAACGCGUGCAAUAUACUCAGGUGAUCUGGGCAGAUGCCGUUCAGUCUAUGAAAAUAUUGAUCAUUCAGGCGCGCAAGCUGGGAAUUCCUCUCGACUGUGACAACCCGGAGACCAAUCGACAUUUGUUCGAGCAGAAAAGGUUACUACUUCGCGCUCGGCCGCUGGAGCACAUCGAUGCUAGCCUGGCGGGUGGCUCUGGUUUCCUAAACGACUAUGUACUCAAGUACUCUGAGACUAGCGAAAACAAGCGGCGCACCAAAAGCACGGGCCGCGCUCAGGCGUUUCAGGGUCUUGAGGAUGGUGACACUUUCAACCUGCAGGAGCUUUCCGAGGGCCUUAGUGAAGAUGGCACGAAUUCAGCGCUCGCGCAAAGUCAAAAUGUUGCCACACGUUCAGUUAGCAGUCAGCAAAUUGCAGACGCAAUCUCAGAAUUGUGGAAACACGACCGCGGGGUUCGGCAGUGCUUCGCGCGUUCCAACGAGUUCCAGCUUGAGAGUUCGGCGGAAUAUUACUUCGAACACAUUCACAACUUUGCAAACCCGACAUACGUGUGCUCGGACGAAGACAUACUUAAAGGCCGAAUCAAAACAACGGGGAUCACCGAAACCGCGUUCAACAUUGGAUCGACUAACUUCAAGGUUUUGGAUGCAGGCGGACAACGAUCCGAGCGGCGCAAAUGGAUUCAUUGUUUCCAAGACAUUACAGCAGUGCUGUUUGUUUUGGCAGUGAGCGAGUACGACCAGAUGCUCUUUGAGGAUGAACGUGUGAACCGAAUGCACGAGUCUAUUAUGCUUUUCAACACGCUGCUGAAUUCCAAGUGGUUUUCCAACACGCCUUUCAUCUUGUUCCUGAAUAAAACUGACAUUUUCAAAGAGAAGUUGACGCGCUCGCCCAUCCGGCAAUACUUUCCAGAAUACCAGGGCCGCGUGGGCGAUGUUGAUGCUGGGCUCAAGUACUUUGAGAGUAUUUUUCUGAGCCUGAACAAGACUGGUAGGCCCGUUUACGUGCAUAGGACGUGCGCUACUGACACUCAGAGCAUGCGCUUCGUGCUCACCGCCGUGGCGGAUCUCAUAAUACAGCAGAACCUCAAGAAGAGCGGCAUAUUGUGA